CUCGUACCAAGUUAAAUCUAAUCUUGUCUAGAUCUGGUUGAUUUGGUAAAGAGUGUUAACUAAACAUAUGUCAUAUCAUAUGAUAUGACAUUGUUUACAGUUGGAACUUAGCUUAGUUAAAUCAUAGAGCUAGAUGUAGCUCUGUGAUAAUGUCUUGGCCUAAUUUCCUAUUUUUAGUUUUGCUUUAUAGACACACAGCUACAGAGGCCUCUCUGGUGUCCAACAGCAGUGUUGCAUGUCCUGGAGAGGCAGUUCUGUUCACAUGCUCUGUGCCUGGUGAUAUGUCUAGUGUACUGAGAUGGCAAGUCGAUCCUCCAGCAGAGUCUGGGUUAAUGACUAUGCAAAGUACACUCUUCCUUGGUUCUCUAGUCGGUCGAAGGGACACAUUUGGAUUUGGAGUGAUCAUGUUUGAGGCUGUUCUUGUGAGCAGUGACGGAGUAAACCUGACUUCUACUCUCAUCAACCUCAGUGAAGUGUCUAUACUGGAUGGAAGCAUUGUCACCUGUACUGUUGUCAAUUCAGAUGCUACUACAGUUGUUGAACUACAGCAGACAAUAUUGGUUGCUGGUAAUCCAACCUCUCCACUAAACCCAAGAAUAUCCUCCACUCUAAAUCAAUCCAGUUCCUCUAAUAUCAAUCUGGACUGGGAGGCUCCCUCCUCUACUGGUGGUGUGUCUAUCAGGUAUGUCCUCAUCAUCUCCCCAACAUCUCUCUCUGGGUCACCAGUAACCGUGGAGACCACCACAGUACAGAUAACCAUCUCCUACAACACACCCUACAAUGUGACCAUCAGAGCUGUCAACUGUGUUGGAAUGAGUGAAACUAGAAUUGUGAAUCUGGUGGUGUGUCCCACACCGUCUACUUCUGCUGGUGUGACCAUCACCAACACACCUCCUGUCACUAUUGGUGGAUCCAUGCUCACUUUCACUUGUAGUGAAGACAAUGAAGUGAGAACCUCAACCUGUGGCAGUAGCGGGUGGUCUCCUGACCCUGGGACCUUUGACUGUGGCAUCCCACAGCCAGUUACAGAUCCCCAAGUCAGCUGUGGUUCUCUUGCUGCACCGUCUAGAGGUAGUGUGGACGUCAGUGGUGGGAAAACCACCCUUCUCACUGGGUUCACUGGUUAGCUAUCGUUGUGACGAGGGACUAUUCCCCCCUGAUGUGAGGACCAGCACAUGCACUGAUGUGGGGGGUAGGGGAGAGUGGGUGGACAAUCCUGGGAGCUUGAGGUGUAGGGAGAGGCCAGUCAACUGCUCUCUUCCUGCUGAGCCCUGCAACGGUGCUGUAGUGGACUAUGAGAGGUUGAACGACACAGUGUUGGAGGGAACAGUGCUGACUUACCAGUGUGACAAUGGACUCUCACUGACUGGACCCAACACCAUCACUUGCACUAAUACUAGAGUCUGGAGCACUGAGCCUGAAACAAUCAUGUGUGUGCCUAGGACUGAAGUUUCUACUGUCGCUAUCAGUGUGGUCAUCACUUUCAUUGUCACUCUAGUCAUUGGAUUCCUCACUGGACUCCUAGUGAUGCAUGUUUUCUCUCGUAAGAAGGCAGUAUACUUCCCGGCAACUGAAGGACAAGCUAACGUAGGACCCACUGCACUAGUUGGUCCUGUUUAUGAGGAGGUACCAGUAUCACCCAAAGAGGAGAUUGAACUGAACACAAACCAGGCGUAUGGACCGUUAGGACUGUAAAACUCAUUCACUAUAAUAUUCAAUAGCAUUAUUCAACAAGUUAAUUGUGAUCAUUCUGCCAUUUCAUAGGCCUAUAUAAUUAUAGACUCGCUAUAGUUCGUAUAUAUAACCUGGAGAUUGUCUCAAUUGCAUUCCCUAUAAUUAUAAUACAUCAGAGGAGGUUAUUUUUUGCUGUAAAACUUGCCAUUGUUAUAACGUGGUGAUCAAACUCGACAGUU